AUGCCGCUUAACCGCUCGCCGUUGCAGGCGUCUACAUCGGCGCGCCGAACAAACUUACAACAUUGCGACUCGGAACCAAAUAUACAUACUACCCCCGAAAAGGAGUAUUAUAUAAACACCGCUCCAAGGAAAAGAAAACAUAGUAAUGAUACUUCGAAUGAAUUAAGUAUGAUUCAUGACAAAUUCCUAUCAUUGUUCACGUCUUUCAAAAAUGAGCAAGACAGUAAAUAUUCCAUAAUUCUUGAACGUAUGGGGGAGAUUAAACAACAGAACGAGGAAAUACGUCAUUCGAUUAAUUUUAUGUCCGAUAAAUACGAUUCGCUUUUGGAAAAAGUCCGCAACCUAGAAGAGCAAAACAGUGCUUACUACAAGCGCAUUCAAGAAUUAGAAGAGAAAUUCGAGCGUGAAACCCAUGCUACGAAAAUUGAAUUACGCAACGUCCCAAAGAAAACUCAUGAAACCAAGGAUGAUUUAUUAAAUAUUCUGAAAAAGACAGGUGGAGUCCUGGGUUCAACACUUCAACAGUCGGACGUGAAAAAUAUAUAUAGAAUUAAUACUAAAAACGAGCGAAAUAAGCCAAUUAUAGCAGACUUUACAAGCUGCCUUACGAAGGAUAAAUUUAUCUCAAACCUUAAAAAAUACAACAAAACUCAUGCCAACAAUAAGCUGAAUACAAAAGAUAUUUCAAUGGACGGACCGGCAAAACCUAUUUACAUCUCGGACAACUUACCACAAAAAACGAGGCAGCUGUUUGCAGCUGGGAGAGAUUUUGCGAAGAAAAAUAAUUACGUCUUCUGUUGGACCUCAGUUGGAAGAGUAUACUUAAAGAAAUCUGAGCAAUCCAAGCCUAUCCUGAUCAAGUGUCACGAAGACCUUAAUAAGAUGUCUACCGAAUGA